AUGGUUGACAUAAUCGUAUUCAAUGGUAAUGCUAUGGAAGAAAUUCGUCUGAAACGAAAUUUUACAUUGUCCGAUCUUGUAACAUCGGUUAAAUCCAGACUCAAUCGUUUUGAUAUGAAUUUGCAUAUUUUACAAAUACAAGAUGAUAUACGUAGAAGAUAUAUGGAUUUCGAUGAAUAUUAUUUCGAAAGAUUUCAACCACGUUUUCUAUCUUCACCGACAGGAUCAAGCCCUCUAGUAUUUCGAAUGAUUGAAAAAACGAUCACACUUGAUAUUCACAAGUUGAAAACAUGUGAAGAUAUGAUGCUCGAGGAACAACUAGAUGAGUUGGAACUGGAUGGUGAUGAUGCUGAACAGCUUGACAUUAGCAAUUGCACUGAAAAUUCAAUUAAUCGAUCGCAUGGCUGGUCCAUGGAAGACUCAGAAGAAAAACCUAGUGAGGAAGCAACAGAAUUAAUGGAAGUUUUGGAUCCAAAUAAACAACUGCGUGGUUCUGCUUAUGUCGGACGAGCGGUAUCGUCCAAAGAGCAGAAAACACAAGUAGCUGGCAGAAGGAGACCUGUAUAUCGACGUCUCUCACAAGCAAUAGCAAAUCAACUUCGAGUAAGAAAAAAAGAAACUGUAGCAUAG